AGGUAAUUGUUAUUGCCACGUUCUUCAUAAUUCAGUUAAGCACGGAAAUAAUCACUUAUUAUUUGAUGUUGAAGCUGCUAUUUUAAAAAUUUAUUCACAAUUCUGUCGAUCAUCAGUACGUUCCCAAGAAUUAGGAAAAUAUUUUGAAUUUGUUGAUCAAGAACAAAUUGUAAUGAAAUAUAUUUGA